AUGAAUAUAACAAGUUUGUGAUUCGGCGUUGCCAAGCAUCCUCUCAAUACGUGGUGUAAGCAGAUUGCAAAGCAUGCAGAAGAUACCGGUUACACGAUCUCGGGUAGCGUAGCUGCACAAGUCUUCACUCGGGGAGCGCUGGGCAAGAUUUCACCACGGUACCGUACGUCGCUUCAAUAUCAGCUGCUUUACCAGCGGAUACAGCUUUCACCAUCAAGAUCUGUUGUCAAGAAAUUAGGUUGGAUUUACGAUGUUUUGUCUUUACUAGGAAAGAAGGAACAAGUAUUUAAGUAAAAAUGGCGACCAUGACUGAAAUAAAUUUUGCAGAACUGAUUGAUUUGUCGCUGGGAACACCCGAAGUUGUAAAUUACAAAGGCUUGCGAGUGCUUCUUGCUGCAAUUGUGAGCAAACUCGGAGUGAGUACUGUGAAUUUGGAAUUGAAUGAAGGAGACAAGAAAGAAAUAAAUGAUGUGAGAGAUGCUCAGUCUAAACAACAUGGGACAAGGCCUUCCACGGGUAUGGGUACAGGCACGGGGCGAUCAGAAACCAGCAAUAUUAUAACCGACAAAGACAUCAACAGAAGCCAGAGCAUCUCCAUUACAGAUCCGUCCAGAGAUGACUCUGUGCCUGGGACCAAAGUUAUUCAGGACAUUGAACAAAAAAUGUCAAAGAUUGAGGUACAGCUGAGUGCACUGAAUGCCUUGCCAUCAAACCAGAGUUUAAUGUCAAGGUCAGGAAGCAGCGAUGAUGGUGGGAAGAAGACCCCUGUAUCGGAUAUGUGGCAACUGAUGCAAUGUCAGAAGAAAGCUGCUGCAAAUGAAGAUGGUGUUUCAAAGCUCAUGAGUAUGGUAGAAGACAUCAUGGGGGAGUUAUCACAAACGAAUCAAAAAGUACAAGACAACACCAGUAAUCUAUCUGAUCUACAAGAUAAACAUACCAACCUAGGCAAAGAUAUUGAAAAGAUUAAUGAGAACAACAAGACGGUAGAAACCAGACUAAGUUCACUUGAAGCAUCAUCUGGACAACAGAGUAAGAUUGAUGAUCUCAACAAACUCAUAGACGAAUUACGGAACCAAUUGGCAAUGCUACCCAGUGUGGAUGAUAUUGUUACAUGGCCAGGCUUUGAGGCUGCUUUGAAAGGCGCAUACAAAGAACCUGUCGACCAACUGGACUCGGGCAUGCAAACCUCACCAAUGGAUCACUCAAGAGUUCAGACUAUGCCUUUAACUAAUGCCUUUGCCCAGACCAGUACCCCUUCACCGCCACCAUCCCGCCCAGUAUCUAGUAGGUCCAUGCGUUCAGUGUCUACCACCUCGGCCCAUCCAACCCAAGAGCUCCAGAGGGUCUUAAGAGAGCUUGGGGAACUCACCGGCAAACAUUAUUCUCUGGAAGACAGGGUCAAAAUACUAGAGGAUCUCGUGUCUAAGAAGGCAGACAUGUCAGAAGUGGAAGCCCUCUUAUCGAAAGUGAGUGUUCCGGGUGACCUGGUCAACAAGCUGGCUGAACUUGAGGAAGGGCUAAACCAUCUCAGAGACAGCAAAGCAAAGGAUAGCGAAGGCCUUGAGAAGCUACAGGAUGCCCUCUUCCAGCUCCAGGCAGAGGUGGAUAAACUCAAUACAUCCUACGUACAUCUGGUGGAUGAGCACAACGUCAAACAGAAACAUAUCGAUGCUCUUUACACAUUCGUUGAUCGUCUGCAAGAAAACAAGGCUGACAAGGAGCAUGUCAUUAUGGAGAUUGAUGUGAAAGCAGACAAGCAUGCAUUGGAUAACAAGGUGAGCCGGUCUCACUUUGACGGCGCUGUUGAUGAGCUUUCCAGGAAUCUUAACGAUGUCAUGGACAAAUUAAGCGGCCAUAAAACUGCCUGGGAUUCUGCUGUUGGUGGAUUGAAACUGGACAUUGAUAACAAGCUUGACCGCAUGGAGCUUGACCCACUCAAGUCAUACCUUGAUAACCGCAUCAAAACGGUCAGCUCAAAAUAUGUCAAGAAAGAGGUCGAGACUGGAGAAGAUGCAGCAGGUUUCAGGAAGCCUCUGCAGAAGUUCCACUGUAUAUCUUGUGACAGGCCGUUGGACAUGUCCCCUCAAGCGCCCAUUGCAUCAUUACCAGAGAGUAAGGGUUUACCAAGCAACCGAACUGGAAGGCCGUACACGACCUUUGAACUUGAGCAGAUCAGAGCUGCACAGAAAAACAUAAGGCCGGAUAAAAACGUGCAGCACUACGAGCGGGCCCUGUUCAGGCAGGAGCUGGCCCGACGGCGCAGGCACGAUAUCCUUGCCUACCUGGUGCACUAUGAUCGGGGUGCCAUCCCUCACAGGCACACGCUAGAGGUUCUAGGGCCACAGGGCCAGGCCAAACAGGGCACCAACAUGCCACCAGUUACAGUAAGGAAUCUCCAAGACCUGCCCUCAUAUGGCUACAAGAUAGUGGAUAGUGGUAACUACCAGGAUGUCCCAGACUACUUUGUAGCCAGCCGUAGCUGCGGGGGAAGCCAUACAAUGACCUUCCCUCACCGGAGAAUCACCAGAGUCGCUCAGACAACGAACAGCAUGGUCACAACAACUGAAGAUAUAACUCCAGUAGUCAAUGGAAGGGUUGAAGCAGACAUACAGGGUCAAGACGGUCAUAUAUACAAGGCUCGGCUAGAUACCGGUCACAUGACUGAGAGAUUACCAACCCUUACACAACCAAAGAUGACUACCGGUAUGCGAGCCAAGUCCCCUCGAGUGAGCAGUGCAAGGGGACGGCGUAGCCUGCCACCAUCAAGGCAAGCCCCUGAACCGCUGGACAACAACCCCCUCCAAUCCAACGCAAUAUCAGUCCCCCCUCACUCCAGCUCGGGAUCAAGACCACCUAACCGCCCCACCUCGGCUAGACCAGGAUCGGGGGGCAACAAACCCCCCUCCAGCUCCUCAGGAGGGCGUGGCUCACCCGUCACCGCCCCUGCAAACACCGAGGUGGAUCAGGGGCUACCCCCUCCCCCGACAACCCCCAGGGACGCCCAACCAGAACCGAUUACUGUACCCAUACCCCCUCUAGACCCUACACCUGACCAGUCAUAAUGUAUAUAUCCUUUUUAUGCCUGUUUCAACCAAAGUAUCUCACUCCAAGUGAGUUUUCAUAAUUUUUUGUAGAACCACUAACCGUCCACUUUCUGCAUUUCCAUUUUUAAAACUAAUUUUCAUAGCAGACUUUCAAUACCAUGUGUUUCCGUCCAAGUGCCUGUAAAUUUCCUGAUUUCUUGUUUUGAAAAAACUUCAUAAGAUUGUACAUAUGUUUUGAAUUUUCAGACUGCCUUUUUUUCCCGAAGAAAAUCAUGAGAUACAUAUAACAAAAAUUUGCACUUGGUGUAUAAUAGAAAUAUGCACUGUCACUUGGGUUGAAUUUCUUGAAAUUUGUCAGCACAAAUCAUGGUAUUGCAAUUGAGAUAUUGGAUUGCUUUUCUACGCACAUAUGAUAUCUCUUUUAUUAAAUACAAAUCACGGAUUAAUUAAAAGAUUUAUUUUCGUCUUUCCACAAACUUAUAUGUUUGUAGUGUAAUAGAAAGAAUAUAAUGUGCAAAUGAUUCUGGCAUUAUCAAAUGUGAUUUUACACUUUGUACAUAAAAACAAUAUCACGGUAUUACAAAUGCAUCAUGCUAUUGUAAAUUUGAGCAUCAUUGCUUCUUCAUAAUGUGUUAUUUCUAUGUGAUUCCGUCCACUAUGUCCAAAGUAAUUUAUUUCUUGUGCCUAUUUUUCACCAGAUGCCUAUUUUGUAAAUACAAACUGCCAAAUUAUAUCUA